UUUGCGAAAACUCCACGGAUGUCCACCUCUGCGAUUUAGUCAUUCCUUAGCAGAAUCUGCUCAAGAGUACGCCGAGUACUUGGCAAGGAAGGACUUGUUUGAGCACAGUGAAUGCACCGACUAUGGGGAGAAUCUCAUCAUUCGAAGAGGUCACAAGGGAAUAGUUCUGACUGGUCAACAGGCAACUCUGGCCUGGUACAGUGAAAUAAGCUCCUACAAUUUUAAAAAGGAAAACCAAACCAACUGUGGUCAUUUCACUCAGCUGGUUUGGAAAGAAACCCGUAAGGCCGGUUUCGGAGUUGCUCGAAGCAAAGACGGUUCCUCCAUAUACGUGGUUGGGCACUACAAACCAUCAGGUAACUUUUUGGACUACUUCCGCGAAAACGUACCACCGCCAACGAGUGGACACAAAUACGUCCCCACAAUUGAGGAACUGAGUAAGUUUUUGGUCCGAUUGUAG